AUGGGAUCUUUCUACACUGAUUUACCUACACUCAACUUACCUCCCAUCUCCAGUCAAACAGAUUCCGAGACCGAGAUGUCAUCUUCAAAUCGAUUAAUCCAACCUCUCGAUCUAUCGAGAUACCAGCUUCCCUCUCUACCUCCUACCGAAGCUUCAAGUCCCAUUGGAGUAGGUCUGCAAGUUUCGCACGAUCGUUCCUGCCAAAUCGACCACAACGACACUAUAGGCACACCUUCCAAUUUGUCAUUAUCCCCUCCGCAGCUUGUGCAGAAUAGUCAUUCUGCACCACCUUCUGCUGCUCCUUAUCAAUCGUCUUUCUCUUUCCCGCAGAUCCAGCCUGAACAACUCCCAAGACGAGUGUUUGCUCAGCAACCUCCAACCCAAAAUUUUCCAUGGCUUGAACGAGGAGGUGAUGGUUUGAGUACUCAAAUUUACGAAACUCCUUAUCAAUCUUAUCGACCUUCACCUCAACCUAAUUCAAAUCAUAUUCAGCAUAAUCAUUCGCAUUCUACCCCGAGCUUCUUUUCGAUGCCACUUUCCCAACAUUCGGACACUUCAACGCCAUUCCAACAUUCACAACUAUGUCUCACACCUUAUACCUUACCUGUCGACCUACAAGAUGCCACCACCACCAACAGCAGCAAUGAUAUACCAUUACCAUUACAGAAGAACGAGAGUGACGAUUACUCUUUACCCGAAGGAAUAUGGGAGAGCAACGCGCCAUACCCUCAACCGGACGUAACACCCGAAAAGAGAGGGAAGAACAGGGAUGGGCUGGUCAAGAGUAGGAAACAUUUUUGUCCGGUAUGCGAUAAAAGGUUCAAUAGACCUAGUUCGUUGAAUACUCAUAUGGCGGUUCAUACGGGUGCUAAACCUUACAUGUGUAGUCGACCGGACUGUCAAAGGAGGUUUUCAGUAUCUUCAAACCUUCGGAGACACGAGAGGACUCACGAACAACGAGCCGAGAAGGAACGACAAGCUUACGAUAUUCCAAGUCGAUCGACCCAUCCUCACCCUUACUCUCAUUCUCAUGCUCAGCCAUUUAGUAUGGGUCACUCCCACUCGAACUCACACUCGCACUCGUCAUACUCCCACCCUGGUGCAUUCCCGCAAACCCACCCCCAUCAAUCAUUCAAUUUCAACUAUUAUCAGCCAUCCUUCGCAACUGCUUCUAUAUCUUCAGGAGGAUAUUCCGAACGCGGACAGCAACCCCCACAUGCAGUACCAUCUUCAGUAUUCGGAUCAUCAUCCACUACCACCACAUCUGCUGGAUCCAGUAUCGAUUUGGGAUAUGGUUUAGCUCAAUAUCAAGUGGUGGCUGCUGCGACUGCGACGGGGCAAGAACUCUGA